AGUACCCUCCCUGUCCCUGUGCUGCUGCCCGCUGCCCGGGCUGCUGCUCGGCUGCUGGACGCGGGAUGACGCCACCUCUCGCUCCGCCAUCUCUCGCUCCGCCCCGCCAGCGAGAACUCGCUCUUUGCGUUCAUUUCAUUCCUCUUCUCAUUCCGAGCAUUCUUCGCAUCUCUGUCAGUGCGCGAUUCACCUACACCUUCCUGGCUGGCCCAGAAACACUAGAAUAACUUGACAUAGUAUUAAAAAAAUACCCCGUAACAUCCCAUUUACUCAAAAAGAAGGGACAAUUAUAUGAGAUAUCAAUAACGAGUUACUUGGAGAUUUCACCGGAGGAUUUUCGGACCACCUCGAAGAGGAAAACCACGGCGGAGAGAGACUUGUUGCUUCAACACGUUUUGACGGUGGUUAUUAAAACCGUCAUCGAAGUUUUGUGUCUCUCCCUAGUUUGCUCCAGGCUUUAGCUUGGAGAGCCCAACCGCCACCAUUGAUCCCAGCAGCUGGAGCGGCAGCGAGAGCCCUGCCGAGGACAUGGAGAGGAUGAGCGACUCUGCAGACAAGCCCAUGGACAAUGAAGCCGAGGGGGUGUGGAGCCCCGAUAUCGAACAGAGCUUCCAUGAGGCCCUGGCUAUCUAUCCUCCGUGUGGACGAAGGAAGAUCAUCCUGUCUGAUGAGGGAAAGAUGUAUGGUCGAAAUGAGCUGAUAGCCAGAUACAUCAAGCUUCGGACCGGGAAGACGAGGACUCGGAAGCAGGUGUCUAGUCACAUACAGGUCUUAGCAAGAAAGAAAGUUCGAGAAAUCCAAGCUGCCAUUAAGGUACGUCUGGCUUUGCCCAGUUGCAGGGGGCUUUUCAUUGCCAUGGUUACAGGCUCUUCCUUUGUUUUCCUCCCCUCCCCUUCCCCGCAGGUGUCUAGUCACAUUCAGGUUCUUGCCAGAAGGAAAUCUCGUGAGUUUCAUUCCAAGCUAAAGGUUACAAACAUGGACCAAGCCGUGAAGGACAAAGCCCUCCAGAGCAUGGCCUCCAUGUCCUCGGCUCAGAUCGUCUCUGCCACGGCUAUUCACAACAAGCUGGGCCUGCCAGGCCUCCCGCGCCCAGCCUUCCCCGGAGCAGGGUUAUGGCAGGGUAUGAUAUCAGCUGGUCAACCAGGAUCCUCACAAGAUAUAAAGCCUUUCACUCAGCAAGCCUAUCCCAUCCAGCCAGUCACAACAACCAUUUCAAGUUACGAGCCCACAUCAGCUCCAGCUCCCACAGCACCAGCAUGGCAGGGGCGCUCCAUCGGUACAUCCAAACUCCAUCUGGUGGAGUUCUCCGCUUUCCUAGAGCAACAGAGAGACCAAGACCCAUACAACAAGCACCUAUUUGUACAUAUCGGACAGACAAAUCAUUCCUACAGUGACGCCCUGCUGGAGUCGGUGGACAUUCGUCAGAUUUAUGACAAAUUCCCAGAAAAGAAAGGAGGACUGAAGGAGCUGUACGGAAAAGGUCCUCAGAAUUCCUUCUUCCUAAUAAAAUUCUGGGCUGACCUGAACUGCAACAUUCAGGAUGAAACCGGAUCUUUCUACGGAGUCUCGAGUCAGUACGAGAGCUCGGAGAACAUGACCAUAACGUGUUCAACAAAGGUCUGCUCUUUUGGAAAGCAGGUGGUUGAGAAAGUAGAGACUGAAUAUGCGCGGUUUGAGAACGGACGUUUUGUGUACCGGAUAAGCCGGUCUCCCAUGUGUGAAUACAUGAUCAACUUCAUCCAUAAACUGAAACAUCUGCCAGAGAAAUAUAUGAUGAACAGCGUGCUGGAGAACUUCACUAUCUUAUUGGUGGUGACGAACAGGGACACCCAGGAGACGCUGCUCUGCAUGGCGUGUGUGUUUGAAGUUUCAAACAGCGAGCACGGCGCCCAGCAUCACAUCUACAGACUGGUAAAGGAUUGAGAGGCUCCCCCCUCCCCCCUCUUCUUUUCAUGGAUUUACCAACGUCAAUCAAGUGGCAGUGCCUCUACCUGAAAGUCACACCUACAAUGCUUUUUGGUCAUGGUAUCGGGUGAAGUCAGUUGUUAUGAAUGUGUUUUAAUUUAAUGUGUUUGUUAUUUGACUGCAGCUGUGAAUUGCGGUACAGUUGUUUUAUGUUUAAAUGCGGGAAUUCUCUCUUAAAAUGUUAUCUUGGUCUCUGUUGGGUAUACAUGUGGCCGUUUUUAAAGAAUUGACUAGAUUCAUUAAGUAAAUGGAAAUGUGUUUGUCGUCUUCUACUUUGUUGCGUAAACUAAGAAAAAAAAGGAUGCUGGCCUUUUCUUUGAGUGGCCGGAUGUGGUCUGUGUAAUUUGUUUGAGUGUGUUUAGUGUGUCUGUAGUUCAUCAUUUGUGAGCAUACAUACUGUAGAUAUACAGACAUGCAGCCACAGCUAAUAGAUUUCCCAAAGAAACUAUACUGACACAACAUACAUUAGCACAUAGACAGUUGUAACAAGUAGUUACAAAUAUUACAGGUAUUUCUUUAAAAAAAACUCUGCUUUCAGUAGUACAUGUAUCUCCAUGAAGCACUAACGUCUUAGACACUAACAACAGAAAGAAUGCACUGUGAACACACUACAAACAUUAGCCUGCAUCUGCAUCAUAGAAGUCUUAAACUGUCUCACAAUGCUAAGCUUCUCUGCUGCAAACAUUUAUUUUCUCUGAGACAACAAAUAGGAGAGUUUUUAGGUUUUAGGCAGGUGAAAGUACUCAAAAAGUAUCAUCUUGUCCAAAAGCACUUUGGACCCUUUCCUGGACUUGCUUUGGUGAUAAAAGGCAAGGUCCAAGUCGUUCAGUUCAAAUAUCGUUCCCCUCUGGGAUCGCAGUGUAAAGACUCCCAGAAAGAGUGGUGCUGCCUUCAGGUCCACACUAUGUUCCCAUGUUUCUGUGGCCUACGCCGAUCCCGAGCCUUAAACAUGUUAUAGCUGUGACAACUCCAAAAGAUGCCACUUAAACUGUGAUUAAAGACUCUAUAUGUUUGCGUAAGAAAUCCACAAUACUAUCUGCCAAAGUGUAGAUGUACAGUGCCUUAGAAUACACUCUGACAUUACCCUUUGCUUUUAAGUCUGAAAUCAGUUUGUGGAUUAAACAAAAAUAACUCACCGCCAUAUAUUCCUUCGUACACCUUCACAUCCUGAGAAAUUGUUUUCUUAUAAUUGGUACACUCCUAGAAAUACAGUUGUGUUGAUGUUAAAAGGCAGAACACUUAUUUUGUAUUAAGUUUGCAAAUUUAAGCUCCAACUGUUUUCUCUAACGCUGUAACAGGUUCGAUAGUUAUCAGCCUUUUUUACAAGAUCUAUAUAAAACACAGACUGACUGCCUUUCCCGUCGUAGAAGACCAAAAAUACCGAGAUACAGUCGAUCUUUUGUCCUGUGCUGCAUGGUAGCAAGGAAGUGCCUUUGGUUUAAAAUGUCCUACUUCAAAAAAAUCUAAGAGAAAUUACAAAUUAAAUGUUGCUAGACCAAAAAAUGAGACAUAAGUGAAACCAAUCACCGCUUUGCCUUUUUAAAGGACUGAUGACAGCAAGAGGAGAUCUGGGUAGUGGUAAAAAAUAAAGGAUAUAUUCAUUUCUAUCACACUAAUUGAUUUCACAACUGAUGUAUUUAAAGAAAACCUAUUUCUUUGCUGAUAACGUACAGCUGCUGACUGCAUGCAGGAUGUCGACACCACAGCUGUUUGCUUCGUGCACACUUGCAGGUUCAAGUGUUUUUAAAAAAGGUUUUUGGAAGUAUGAUUGUUUCUCCUGUGAAAAAACACAGAAAUAUAAUGUCCCCUUGCAGAAACAGCCGUGAUGUCGACGAAGGUUAGACACAAGUUUUAUUUAAUACUUAUUCUACAGUACACUACUCAUUUGAAAAGAAUGUUUUGGAAAGCUGUUUCAGAAACUAGUUUUUCAAAACUGCUGGUGUGGACGAGGCCAACAAGGUUAAUACUUUUCACUUUAAGGACCAUAGCUACUCAAACAUUAGCUGUUUUUUAUUAAAAUAAAUAUAAUCAUCUAAAGUAUUUUAAUGGAAGAAGCUCUAAAUAAUUGCUGACAAUGUCUCUGGUGGAUGCAGUUAUAGUUCAAUCAUUCAGUGUUUUGCCACAGUCCUGUGGACACGGUGGACUUUCUUUUCUUAUGUUUACCCAGUAUCUGUUCACAUUUAUUGAUUACUUAUCGAGAUGUUUUCCUAUUGUACUUGUAUACAGUUGUACUUGGUUUUGUGAUGACAUUGUCUGUAUAUUGCAAGCCUAAUAACAUGGUUAUGAUGUUGCUGCUGUACUGCUGGUACAUUUUGACCUGUCGUUUCAACACUAGAACAGCAGGACUGAUGCCUUCUGUGGCGCCCGGUGGACCAUUUGGAGUAAAAUGGACACAUUCAAUAGCUGACUCGAGGAAUCAUGCUACAAACAUAUCAGCAGUUUAGCUCUUGUUAUUUGUAAUUCUGUCGAAAGAGUAGGUACUGGUACCUUUUUUGUUUUAUGACCAUUUUCCGAUGGUGGCUUUAACGUUAUUUUUCACAUAGCUCACGUAUAGUUGUCAUACACACGUUUGGGUUUUGUGUGCAAACUUGUUUUUUUGUAAAAAGGUGCUUUGUACAAAAUGUUAUAUCUUAGCUUUUCUUGGUACAGAUGUGUGAUAUCUUUUCGUAUUCCAGGACAGUAAAGUGUUGGAGCGAAGGAGAGAAAGAAGCUCUGCUAUGUUUCUGUGUUCUGCAUAUGGUCUUGUCUUUGCUCCGUAAUAUUAUGAUGCCUUCUUGACAAUAGUAGAUAUUUUGUAGCUUUCUAGAUACUUUGUAUGUAUGCAAUAUUGGAGUUAAAUAAAUCAAAAAAUAUAUUGCCUUC